UCUGUUGUCUCAUUUUGUUGCAGCAGCACUCAUCUCAUUUCCUUUAUUUGCUCACACUCCCGUCAGUGAAGAUGCUGUUUCGCUUCUGGCUCUGAAUAUAGAAAUCAUCUGUAGCCACACACAAUGUCUUUAAACGCAUCAUGGCCUCUGCACAUCACCAGAUCCUUCAAAAGCAGUAAGGAUGAGACGGUGGACAUCGAAGCCAUCAUGGACAACGUCUCCAUUUUUCUCUAUGCGCUGACGGUCUGCCUCGGCAUCACCGGGAACUCAGUGGUGAUCUGGGUGGCCGGAUUCAAACUUAAGCCAAAGGUCAGCAACGUGUGGCUGGUGAAUCUCGCGAUAGCCGACCUGAUAUUCUGCAUCACACGAGUCCUCUCCCUCGUUAAGAAGCUCUUCUUCGACCACUGGCCCUUUGGCGUCUUCCUCUGCAAAUUCAACGGCUUCUUUAAAUACGGCAACAUGUUCUGCUCUGUCUUUCUGUUGGCUGUCAUCAGUCUGGAUCGAGCUCUAUGCAUCUGGCAGCCUGUCUUCACCAAACGUCGGCGCACCAUGUGUGCUGCCAGGGUGGUAGCCAUCUGUGUCUGGAUGGUAGCCAUCAUCUUCAGUAGUCCAUACUUUGUGUAUCGUGAAGUUUACCUGGGAAAAAACAACCGGAGUAAGUGUUCUUUGGAAGUCAAAGAGUCAACAGACGGGGGCAACUCCACUAAACUGGCUCUGUACUCCAUUCGCUUUCUCUGUGGAUUUCUGCUGCCUUUCCUGGUUAUCCUCAUCUGCUACAUCCUAGCCGGCAUUGGAAUCCGCCGUACUCGCCUGUCGGGGAAGUCCCGUCCACUUCGCAUAUUAGCAUCAUUAGUAAUUGCGUUCUUCCUGUGCUGGGCACCUUACCACUGCCUCCUUCUUGUGAAGAUGGUGAACAGUAAGAGUAAGGUGGUGAAGAUCUGGCAUCCUGUGGCGAAAGGGAUCGCCUACUUCAACAGCUGUGUAAAUCCUCUGUUGUACUUCUGCAUGGGUCUGGACAUGAAGAGUCGCAUCAGGCAGAGUCUGAUGGGUGUCUACAAAAGAGCUCUGGCAGAUGACGUGGACGGACAAACCACCCAGUCCAAUGACCAUACCCUGGAUGAGAGUUCCGGCUCACGACAGCACAGUACUGUUGUGGGAGCAGGAAUCCACCAACCUCCAGUGCAAGUAGCUAAAAUCUGAGUCCUACCACCAGUUCCUAAAUAUGACUUUCAGCUCUUGUGUACCCUCCUGUUGCUUUGACAUGUUUUGAGAACAUUA